UAACUCUGAUUGUCUAACGACAAUAUUAUUCACUACGCGAUGCCGCGAAAACUUGUGUUUGCUACUAGACCCACAAUAAAUCAAACUCCAUCGAACGAAUAUAAAAUAUUUCGUCCAGGAUUUAGAGAAUUCAAUAGAACACCUUUAUUACCGGGAAAGUUAUUUAAAAGAAUAAAAGAAAAUGCCGCUGGUAACAACGAUUGCAUGGGCUUACAAUUAGAACAAUCGCCAAUAAGUACUCAACAUAUGGAAUCCGAUCAAUUACAGACAAGUAUUAUAAAAAUUGGAAACCUUUCGCCUACACCAACAGUCUACGCUAAUUAUGAAGUUACAGAACACAAAAUAAUUCAAUUUAAAUAGUCAAUUUUUUAUUCUUUGCUUACUUUAAAUUAUAAAUAAAAAAAAAAAGUUUCGUUAGUUGCGUGAAUGUAGAAGCGAUAGUAUUUUGUUAAAAUUAGAUUUAUAUUGUGACUUAAAUCAAGAUCCGGUUACCUUGGAGAGUGAAAAAACAACGAAACAUUACAUCAAGCAGAUCAUUGAACUAAUAUUAACAUCCUCGAUCUUUUGAACCCAUUAAUAAAUCUUUCAUAAGCGUUUUGGUUUCUUACGUUUUAAAAUUAAUAAAACUAAUUCGAUUGAGUAUAUUGUUUAAAAUUUAAACGUUCAAUAAAAUAAGUAAAAAUGCGUGAGAUUGUUCAUCUUCAAGCUGGUCAAUGUGGCAAUCAAAUUGGUGCUAAGUUUUGGGAGGUGAUAUCAGAUGAGCAUGGAAUUGAUCCAACCGGAACCUAUCACGGAAACUCAGACCUCCAGCUGGAGCGCAUCAACGUCUACUACAAUGAAGCAACCGGAGGAAAAUACGUACCUCGAGCAAUUUUAGUUGAUCUGGAACCCGGAACAAUGGAUGCUGUUCGUUCAGGGCCUUUUGGCCAGAUAUUUCGUCCGGACAAUUUUGUGUUCGGUCAGAGUGGUGCAGGGAACAAUUGGGCCAAAGGUCAUUACACUGAGGGUGCUGAAUUGGUGGAUUCCGUGUUGGAUGUGGUCCGAAAAGAAGCUGAAAGCUGUGACUGUCUCCAGGGAUUUCAACUUACUCAUUCACUUGGCGGAGGCACUGGUGCAGGAAUGGGCACGCUCUUGAUUUCAAAAAUACGGGAAGAAUAUCCGGACCGCAUUAUGAUGACUUUCAGUGUUGUCCCAUCGCCAAAAGUAUCUGACACAGUAGUGGAGCCCUACAACUGCACAUUAUCAGUUCAUCAGCUGGUAGAAAACACGGAUGAAUCUUACUGCAUUGACAACGAAGCACUCUACGACAUUUGCUUCCGAACUUUGAAACUAACCACUCCAACCUACGGAGAUUUGAAUCACCUGGUCAGCGCAACGUUAAGUGGCGUUACAACAUGCCUGAGAUUCCCUGGUCAACUAAAUGCAGAUUUACGAAAGCUUGCUGUCAACAUGGUACCAUUUCCCCGUCUUCAUUUCUUCAUCCCUGGGUUCGCACCAUUGACAUCCAGAGGCUCACAGCAAUACCGAGCACUCACCGUUCCUGAAUUAACCCAGCAAAUGUUUGAUGCCAAAAAUAUGAUGGCUGCUUGCGAUCCUCGUCAUGGAAAGUAUCUCACCGUGGCGGCUGUUUUUCGCGGCAGGAUGUCUAUGAAAGAAGUCGAUGAACAAAUGCUGAACAUACAAAACAAAAACAGCACUUACUUUGUCGAAUGGAUACCAAGUAACGUGAAGACAGCGGUCUGUGACAUCCCACCGCGAGGUUUGAAAAUGUCUGCGACUUUCAUUGGAAAUUCUACUGCCAUUCAGGAGCUUUUUAAGCGCGUUUCUGAACAAUUUACCGCCAUGUUCAGACGCAAAGCAUUUCUUCAUUGGUACACUGGCGAAGGGAUGGACGAAAUGGAGUUCACUGAAGCUGAGUCUAAUAUGAAUGACUUGGUCUCUGAGUAUCAACAGUAUCAGGAAGCUGCGGCAGAUGAAGAAGGAGACUUUGAUGAAGAUGAAGAAGGCGAAGAUGCGUGAAUGCGUUCGAUCAUUUUUUCUUUGUUUCAUUCUUUUUUUUUGUGAUUUUGA